UUGGAUUUGUAUUAUCGGACUCAAACCCUCCUCUCAAAUACAGUUAACCCAAACUGAUAACUCCAGAUUCAAAUCCGCAAAAAAUUUCAUUAUCCCAAAAACACCCCUUUGAUAAUUUUAAAUACCUAUUUUAACUUUCUCCACUUCACUGUCCUCUACGUAUACACUCCUUUUGUUUGAACUCUCUUUUUCGAUUCUCGAAAACAAUUUGAAGAAUUCUAAAAAAUAAAAAAUAAAUCGAAUAUUGAGAUAUGGACGGGGUAGGAGGUGGCGGAGGCGGUGCUGGAGCUCAGUGCAACCCGCGCACAGUUGAGGAGGUGUUUAGAGAUUUCAAGGGACGGAGAGCUGGCAUGAUCAGGGCUCUCACUACAGAUGUUGCAGAAUUCUAUCAGCAGUGUGAUCCUGAAAAGGAGAAUCUCUGUUUGUAUGGCUUCCCUAGUGAGCAAUGGGAAGUCAAUUUACCAGCUGAAGAGGUGCCUCCGGAGCUCCCAGAGCCUGCAUUGGGCAUCAACUUUGCAAGAGAUGGCAUGCAAGAAAAGGACUGGUUGUCUUUAGUUGCUGUCCAUAGCGAUGCAUGGUUGCUGGCUGUUGCAUUUUAUUUUGGUGCCAGAUUUGGAUUUGAUAAAGCUGACAGAAAACGUCUUUUUAAUAUGAUAAAUGAUCUUCCGACAAUUUUUGAAGUUGUAACUGGUGCUGCAAAGAAGCAACAACUAAAGGAGAAGACACCAGUCUCAAAUCAUAGUAGCAACAAAUCCAAGUCAAACUCCAAACCGGGAUCUGAAACUCAGGGGAAAUACUUGAAGCCAUUGCAGCCAAAAGAUGAAGAAGAGGGCUUGGAUUACGAAGAUGAAGAUGAGCAUGGUGAAACUUUGUGUGGGGCAUGUGGUGAGAACUAUGCAUCAGAUGAAUUCUGGAUUUGCUGUGACAUCUGUGAAAAAUGGUUCCAUGGGAAGUGUGUGAAGAUCACCCCAGCUAGGGCUGAGCAUAUCAAGCAGUACAAGUGCCCUUCAUGCAGCAACAAGAGAGCUCGUCCGUGAUGCAGUCUCUCUUUCCCCAUAUGCACCUCUCUCUUUGUAAACUGCUAAUUUGCCCCAGCUGAUCAGUUUCUCUGUUUACCGGUUCUAUCAGUAAUUCAGCUUGUGAGUGAAUAUGGUUACUUCAGUUUAGGAGAUCUCAGUUUCCGUUAUGACUUUCUUUGUCUUGUCCAUUUGGUCUUAUGUGAUACACAAUUGUAGUUUAUCUUUCUUUAUUCAUAGGCAAAUCCCUCUCUGCAAUUGUUAAAAACUCAAAUCUCCUUCGCUUUUGGUUUGUUUAAGACUCAUUUCUUGCCUAUUUAUUAAAUAUUUUCUUUAUAAA